AUGGCCGACAUCACAGACCAGCACGACCAGACCUCUCCCACUGAGCUCGACGAUUCACAGAACGUUGGCAAUGGCAACGCCACUGAGUCUCGCGGCAUCAAGCGCCAGCGUCCUUCAGCUGGCGACGACGACGACGACGAUGACGAGAAGGGCAGUCGCGAACGUCGCAAGAUUGAGAUCAAGUUCAUCAGCGACAAAUCUCGCCGACACAUUACAUUCUCCAAGCGCAAGGCUGGAAUCAUGAAGAAGGCCUACGAACUCUCUGUCCUCACAGGCACCCAGGUUCUACUUCUCGUAGUUUCAGAAACCGGACUCGUUUACACCUUCACCACACCCAAGCUGCAACCCCUCGUUACCAAGUCUGAGGGCAAGAAUUUGAUUCAGGCUUGUCUUAAUGCUCCUGAGCCCACUCCCGGCAAUGAGAAUGGCGUCGAUGGCGGCGACCAAGUCGAGUCUCCAGAAGAGCCACCUAACCAGCACCUCCCUCCUCAGGGCAACCGACCUGGGAUGCCUCAAAACCCUCACAUGCCCAACAACUACAUGCCCAACAUGCCCAUGGAUCCUCAGCAGGCUCUUGCUUAUCAGAGCUACGUACAACGGAAUCAGGCUUAUGGCUCUGGCAUACCUCCUCAACCAGGUAUGCCUGCUAACAGCCAUCACCAGUCAUAA